GGGAGCGGGCUGCGCUGUUGCCCUUUUAAGCGAGCAGCGGGUGCGGGAGGCUGGUACAAAGGAGCUGCCGCCGCGCUCGCCGUCCCCCCCCGCCGGCUGGGGCUGCCCCGGCCCCCCCCCCCGCCCUCCCGCCAUCUUCCGCCCCGCAGGCGCGGCCGGGGCCAGGGUCGGGCCGGGCUGAGGCGGAGGGAGGCGGCGGCAGAGCGGGCCAGGCGGCGCAGGCCCGGGCCCGGAGAUGAGGCCAGGAUGUCGGUGUCAGGGCUGAAGGCCGAGCUGAAGUUCCUCGAGUCUAUCUUCGACAAGGACCACGAGCGCUUCCGCAUCGUCUCCUGGAAGCUGGACGAGCUCCAUUGCCAGUUCGUGCUCCUGCCGCCGCCGCCGGGCUCCAGCCCGCAGCCGCCGCCGCCGCUCACCAUCCACUGCAACAUCACGGAGUCUUACCCCUCUUCAUCACCAAUAUGGUUUGUAGAAUCAGAUGACCCAAACCUGACUUCAGUCUUAGAGCGUUUAGAAGAUAUUAAGAAGAGCAAUACUCUGCUUCUUCAACAGCUGAAGCGAUUAAUAUGUGACCUCUGCAGAUUAUAUAACCUUCCUCAGCAUCCAGAUGUUGAAAUGUUAGAUCAGCCAUUACCAGCUGGACAGAAUGGAACAACAGAAGAAGUUACAUCAGAGGAGGAGGAGGAAGAAGAUAUGGGUGAAGACAUUGAAGAUCUGGAUCAUUAUGAUAUGAAGGAGGAGGAACCAGUUGAUGGGAAGAAAUCUGAGGAUGAAGGCAUUGAAAAAGAGAACCUUGCAAUCUUAGAAAAAAUCAGAAAAAAUCAAAGACAAGAUCACUUAAAUGGUGCAGUCUCUGGGUCAGUUCAGGCUUCAGAUCGACUUAUGAAAGAACUCAGGGAUAUAUAUAGAUCACAGAGUUACAAAACAGGGAUAUAUUCAGUGGAACUGGUAAAUGACAGCUUGUAUGAAUGGCACGUUAAGCUUCUAAAGGUUGAUCCUGAUAGCCCACUGCAUAGUGAUCUUCAGGUCUUAAAAGAAAAAGAAGGUGUAGAAUACAUUUUACUCAACUUCUCUUUUAAGGAUAACUUCCCUUUUGAUCCUCCCUUUGUGCGAGUGGUGUCUCCUGUGCUCACAGGAGGGUACGUCCUAGGUGGAGGUGCAUUAUGCAUGGAACUUCUUACUAAACAGGGCUGGAGCAGUGCCUAUUCCAUAGAAUCAGUCAUCAUGCAGAUCAAUGCCACUUUAGUCAAAGGAAAAGCCAGAGUGCAGUUUGGAGCCAAUAAGAAUCAAUAUAAUCUAGCAAGAGCACAGCAGUCCUAUAAGUCUCUAGUACAAAUACAUGAGAAAAAUGGCCUUGUUUUGAUGUGCUGAGGCCUUGGUAGUGGUAACCAUUAAGGAAGAGAGAAAGUGGAAAAAAAGACCAGAGACUAAAAAAGGCAAAAAGUCCAAGGGAAGUCCAGUGCUGCCUGGAAUGCUGUGCAAUAGAAAUGUGAGAUACAGUUAUUGUUUUACCCUGUUUAAAGCCAGUUUAUGGUCUCUCAGCUGCCUAAAACAAGUAUUUGAGUGCUGCAGGUGUAAUUGCUUUCAUUGUGCCAGGCUGAGAAUAAAAUAAAUGACCUGAGGCUUCAAAAAAAUUUAAGUGGUUUACAUGUUUUGUAAAAGUAGUCAGCAGGGUUGGUGUUCUGCUCUUGUGAUGAGGGUGUUAGUCCCAGUUUCCAUUUUGAUGUUCUGUGGUCCAGGCUGGACACAGUCUCCUCAGGGAAUUCAUGUUGCUCUGAACAUGAGAGCAGCAGUGUGACUGUAGUGAGCACUUCAGUUUCCCUGCCUCUAAAACUAAACAUAAAUUACUGCAUUCUCUGGUAUUGGGAGGAAGAUCCAAGAUAACAACUUGAAAAUGCUUUCCAAUUUUCUGAUAUUUUGAUCUUGCUAUUAACUGAGUCUUUUGCUUUUUCAGUUUGCUACAAAAGCCAGCUUGGCUGUGAGUUUACUUCUAGCUAUAUGCUAGCCCUGAAUACAGUGAUUACUGCUGGGUCAGGAGCUGUACACAAAGCAUUCACAGCAUUAAUUGCUGCUGCAAAAGGUGUCUUGAACUUACAGCUGUUACCUUCUUCUCUGGGACACCGUAAAUAGUCUAUGUACUCACUGUACACAAAUUUAGAGGGUUAUUUAUUAUAGAGGCUGGGAGAAUUCACAUUGGAGAUGUGGAGGUCACAUAAGAAACUGUGCAGGCUUGAUCAGAAAUGGUUCAACUGCUGAACUUGCCAAAUCCUGUGGGGAGGCAAGUUACUCAGCUAACAUUCCUACAGCAAGACAUGCAGGAUCAGGAUGAAGUGUUUAAAUGCUUGUGUGAGCCUAACUCUGCAGUACACAAGAUGUGAUGUAUGUACAAGUA